AUGGAUCCCGGUAUCCAGACCCCGGAGCAUAUAGAGAAUGGGUCACCCUUUACGACAAGUGAUCAUUUUCGAGCAUUGGCUAAGUUGAACCAACAUUCAAAGAUCCAAAACUCGACCUUCACCGCCACGGGGCCUUUAUCCUUCCUCCAGUCGUGGACUCUUCCUGUCCAAAACCCUUCUCUCCAGUUGUCCAGUGAAGCCAUAACUGGGUAUCGCGAGGUCUUCGACCUCGGCGUGUCAUUGCGCGCCCGAUAUCCCGACUUCUUCAGCCCCGGCGGGCCUGUCCACGUCUUUGCCAACGACUACCCUCGAGUCAUCGAGACCGCGCAAAACUUUCUGCGCGCAUACCUAGGAGUGAACGCCAGCCAGGGGCCUGUUCUGGGAACCGUGUUUGCGGUCAACAGUACCGGCUCAUCUUCCGCUCUGGGGAAUUCCCUGGCGCCCUCCGACCUAUGCCCCAAUUACCAUGACGACUCUGGCGCGAAUCAGACCACCAUCUGGGGCGCCACUUACAACCCAGCCACAGCCGAACGGCUGCAAAAGGAAUACAUUACGAGCGGAUACCUCAACAUCACGGCAGCCGACGUCGCGACGAUGCAGUAUCUGUGUGGGUUCGAGACGGCCAUUUGCGGCACAGUCUCGCCCUUCUGUCAUGUUUUCACGGCCGAAGAGUUCAGAAAGUACGAGUAUUUCCAGGACUUGCGGUACUACUAUGGAAACGGCCCCGGGAGCGACGAGGGGAAAGGGAAAUACAUGAUGUUUCCGUUUCUGGCAUCGAUCGCGGACAUGUUGGACACCGACACCUAUUCGAACAGCACCGGCGAUGUUGGCGUUCUGCAGCCAUUGACCAUGGCGUUUCUGAACGACGGCCAAAUCUCCCAACUGGUCGCCCAGAUCGGGGUCUUCGACGACGAGCCGGCGCUGCCUUCGACGUACAUGCCUGAUUCGCGCAAGUAUGUCGCCUCGCGGUUCGUCAGUAUGCGAGGCACCGUCGCCUUCGAGCGCCUGAGCUGUGGUUGCGGGUCCAAGUAUCUUCGAGUACGUCUCAACGAUGCGGUCUAUCCCAUUCCUGCAUGCCAGUCUGGACCUGGGAGAUCUUGCCCGGUUGCGCAAUACAAGCAGUAUGUGGAAGACAAGUACGCACGGAGCGGCGGGUUUCUCGAGAACUGCGGUGCCAAUACGACUGCCACCGAGAGUGAGGUCAAGACAGACUUCUGGACAAAGUAUGCCCAGUAUGUCGAAGAAGGUUGGAUAAGGACGGUGACGCCGUAA